AUGCUGAUCGAGAUCACCAGGCCCCUCGACAUCAAUGUGAAAGCACUAUACACUGUGUCUCAAGAAUUUGGGAAACGCCUGCUAGCCUUGGGAAGGCCAGGGAAAGUCAUAAACAUCGCCUCGUAUAUCGCGCAGGAGGACAUCUCUGUCUAUGCUAGCAGCAAAGCUUUUGUACGGAUGGGCCUCCCGUGGAAUCCAGUGCAACUGCAUCAGUCCAGGACUGCAAUGUCCAAGCAUCUGCACCGCGAUCCAGAUUUCAACAAGUAUGUUGUUGAGCGAACCUCGUCGAGGCGCUGGGGUUAUCCAGAUGAACUGAGAGCGUUAAUGGUGUUCCUUGCCAGCCAGGCGAGCGACUUCAUCACAGGUGAGAGAGCAUUGUUAUCGACGGAGGUGUAUUGGGAAGAUGAAUGGUGGUCAGUCUGGGUACAAACUAUAGCAAGACAAAACAUAUAG